GGACGACACACGCAAUACCUGCGAGCAAAGUACAAGAACUUUGAUGAUAUCAGCACACAACUUUAAGCGAGAGAGGAGCAUUGAAGAAGCAGCAAGAUGCCUGAAGUGUGCAGAUGCCCCCUGCCAGAAGAGUUGCCCAACCCAGCUGGAUAUAAAGAUGUUCAUACAACAGAUUACCAACAAGGUAAAUCUACCCCAACAAGGUAAAUCUACCCCACAGGUAAUUACGUCCAACAAGGUAAAUCUGACCAACAAGGGAUCUAAACCAAAAAGAUGUGCAAAAGAUGCUGCCUACUACCUUAGAUUCUAUCUCGCUCGCUUUAAUUCAACCAAUGAUGUUUCAGGGGCGAUGAAGGUGCCACAGAUUAGCGAAUCCCGAAUUGCCGCGGAUCUCCGAGAGAGCUACUUCGGCAAGAGUGUGCCUUAUCGGUGCGGGACAGCCGCAUCAGCUGUGCGACAUUCUCGCUCGUCGGCUACAAGAUUGGACGUGUACGAGAACAGAGUAGUUGUUACGGGUCUCGGGUACGUGGGCGGUCUCAGCUCUUCAGAGAUUCCAUCAUACAGACUUCCGUAUGAUGUGGUGGAGUUUGAGGUGGACAUGAUGAGAGACCUAGGAGUCAAGGUUGAGUUUGGGAAGGCACUGGGCAAUGGCUUAAGCAUAGAGUCCCUGAGAAAAGCAGGAAAUGAAGCGAUCUAUAUUGGGAUAGGUCUACCUGAGUCGAAGACCAUUCCACUGUUUGACGGACUCACGGAGGAACGAGGAUUCUGGACGUCUAAGAGCUUUCUACCCAGGGUUGCGGCAGCGAGCAAGCCAGGCAUGUGCGCGUGCAAGUCGCGUCUGCCGGACAUGUGUGGGGGCGUCGUGAUCGUGCUGGGGGCCGGCGACACAGCGUUCGACUGCGCGACCUCCGCGCUGCGAUGCGGCGCCCGCCGCGUGUACGUCGUGUUCCGCCGCGGAUUCACCAACAUACGCGCUGUGCCCGAGGAGAUGGAGUUGGCAAGAGAGGAGAUGUGUGAGUUCCUACCAUUCAUGUGCCCAAACAAGGUGCUGAAGAAUGGAGAGAAGAUCAGUGGCAUGGAGUUCCUGAGGAACGAGCAGGCAGACGACGGCAGCUGGUCGCCCGACCCUGAGCAGUCGAUCCGUCUCAAGGCCAACUACAUCAUCUCUGCUUUCGGCUCCGGUCUCUCCGACGACAACGUGAAACGGGCGAUGAGUCCGCUGAAGUUUGAUCGCUGGGGACUGCCGGCCGUGGAGCAGACGACGAUGCAGACGAGCGAGGCGGACGUGUACUGCGGCGGCGACAUCGCAGGCGUCGCCCAGACAACCGUCGAGUCGGUCAACGACGGCAAGACGGCUGCGUGGAACAUGCACAAGUAUCUGCAGUCGCUGCACGGCCUGCCCGUGCCGGGAGAACCCAGCCUGCCGAACAUGUACACACCGAUCGACCGGGUCGAUCUAAGCGUCGAGAUGUGCGGACUGAGGUUUGAGAACCCGUUUGGCCUCGCCAGCGCGCCCCCGACGACGGCUGCGACGAUGAUCCGCCGGGGAUUCGAGCUCGGCUGGGGAUUCGCCGUCACAAAGACGUUCGCGCUCGAUAAGGACAUCGUGACGAACGUGUCACCACGCAUCGUGAAGGGCACGACGUCCGGCUACCUGUACGGACCGGGACAGGGCUCCUUCCUCAACAUAGAACUGAUUAGCGAGAAGACGUGCGCCUACUGGUGUCGCGCCGUCACCGAGCUCAAGCAGGACUUCCCCGACCGGGUGCUGAUUGCUAGUAUCAUGUGCAGCUUCAUUAAGGAAGACUGGGUUGAGUUGGCACGGAUGGCUGAGGUGUUGGUAGGUACCGAGGGGGAUCAGGAGCGAGAGGAUCGCAGAGAGAAUCCCAAGGAUCAGGAGGAGGACCAUGAUGUAUGGAACCCGGAAAAUAUUAGGAGAUUACAGGAUAAGGACCCUGUGAUUGUCUUCUUCAAGGAACGAAAAGAAGCGGCGUUGGACAGACCUGAGUUUGCAGAAAUUGCAGGAAUGGGAUCGGAGGCAAAAGCGUACUGGGGGCAGUGGAAUCAAUUAGCAGUUCAGGAAGGUAAAUUGUAUAGACGAUGGGAGACGCCAGUCACGCCAACUCAUCCCAUACUUCAGCUGGUGAUACCUAAAGAAUUACAAAGAGAAAUAUUUCAGCAAUUACAUAACCAUCGUACAGCAGGACAUCAAGGAGAGAAACGGAGUAGAGCCAGCAUUAAGCAACGGUUCUACAGGCCACACUACACGAAGGAUAUCAAGAGAUGGUGCCAGUACUGCACUGUCUGUGCUCGGAGGAAACCUGGAAAAGGGUUGAAAAUGGGAAGGUUAAAACAGUCGGAAGUUGGAGCUCCAUUCGAGCGGGUGGCCAUCGACAUCAUGGGACCGCUAGAAGAAACCGAGAAAGGGAACAAGGUGAUCAUGGUAGUAUGCGACUAUUUCACAAAGUGGAUGGAGUGCUUUGCGCUGCCGAAUCAGGAGGCAUAUACAGUAGCGGACGUCUUGGUGACAGAAUACAUCUGCCGGUACGGGGUUCCGUAUCAAAUCCACACCGACCAAGGACCAGACUUUGAAUCUCGCUUAUUUCAAGGAGUCUACUUCCCGAUGGAGUUGGAGCUGAGACCGCGAGAGGGGGAAACCAUCUCCGGAGAGGAGGAGAGUGAUGGCGGCAGGAUAGCUCGCCAAAAGAGAGCGACAACUAGAUGGGGUCAGUGGCCCGAGGAGAUCACCUGCGCCCGGCAGGCCGAGCGAGAGGCAGAACGGGAGGCCCGCUUUCACCUAGCUAGGGCAGGGUGGUCAUGUCAACGCUGCUGGGAAGAACAGCACCCAGAAAGGGAGGUGACCCUCCUGGACCUCCCGUUUGCCUGGAGCAUGAAGACAGCCGAGGACCAAAAAAAGUCGUCGAUAGUCAUGGUCACACCAAUAGGCAUGAACGGCGGACUGCAGCAGGAUUCGUUAGAGAGGAGGAAGGAAAGGAGUAACAGAAGAAUAAUGGAGAGGCGGCAGCAGUUGAGGAAGGGUAUGAAAGCAGUGGAGGAGGAAGAAUCCUAUAGGGAACAGCUGGAGAAGGAGGGGCAGGCAGAACGGGAGCGAGUCGAGAAAGAAAAGGGGAAGGCAGAGGAGAAGUUGAGGGGAGUAAAAGUAGAAUUGGAAGAGGAUCCUGAGCUAGUGAGGAACAUCUGUCUGUGGGUGAAGGAUGCGGUGAAGAUUCCAUUUUUCGCUAAAAUGACACCCAAUGUUACGGACAUCACUGUCAUCGCUACGGCCGCCAAGGAAGGCAAGGCGGACGGCGUGACGGCGAUCAACACCGUAUCGGGGCUGAUGGGACUGCGCAGCGACGCGUCGCCGUGGCCCGCGGUCGGCGGCAAGAAACGCACGACGUACGGCGGCGUCUCGGGCAACGCGAUCCGCCCCAUCGCUCUGCGCGACGUCUCCUCCAUCGCGAGGGCUCUCCCCGGAUUCCCGAUACUCGCCACGGGAGGGAUCGACUCCGCCGAGGCCGGGCUCCAGUUCCUGCACGCCGGUGCCACCUUGCUGCAGGUGUGCAGUGCCAUCCAGAACCAGGACUUCACGCUCAUCGAGGACUACACGACGGGUCUGCGUGCGUUACUCUACCUGCAGAGCCUAGAGGAGUGUCAGGGGUGGGACGGACAGUCACCACCGACGCCCCGUCACCAGCUAGGCAAGCCGGUGCCCAGCAUAGCAGAGAUCGUAGGCAAGGAGAUGUGCAUCAACUGCGGCAAGUGCUACAUGACGUGCAACGACUCCGGCUACCAGUCGAUAACCUUUGACCCCGUGACGCACCUGACGCGCGUGACGGACGACUGCACGGGCUGCACGCUGUGCGUGUCCGUGUGUCCGAUCAUCGACUGCAUCCGCAUGGUCGAGCGCGACACGCCGUACGUGCCGAGACGCGGCAUCCCGCUCGCGACCAACGUCGUCUCACACAUGCCGUCGCAGUAG